GGGGGCGCGGGCCAGGCCGCGACUCCGAGAGUGCGCGCGGCUGGGACAAGGAGACAGAAUGAGCUCGGCGGACGGUGAGAAAGCGAGACAGCGGCCUCAGGCCCAGGCCGAGCAACACGGCGCAAAGAGGCCCGCUUCACCCAAUAAUAAAGGAUGUAGCACGACCUGGGAAUCGGCUGAUUUGGGUGAUGAUGAGCGGAAGUUGAAAUUCCUAAGGCUAAUGGGAGCUGGGAAGAAAGAUCAUACUGGGCGCCCACAUCCAGGAGAUCACAAAUCAACCUCACAUUUCAGGACAGGUGAUGAAGAUAAGAAAAUAAAUGAGGAGCUGGAACAUCAGUUUCAUCAGAGCUUGGACAGUCAGCUGUCGGGAAGGAACAGGCGACACUGUGGAUUAGGCUUCAAUGAGCCGGAGGCAGAAGAACCAGAACUGCAACAGAUCAGUGCUUCUGCAGAUUCAGCAACCAACAGCUUGAAUGAUUCUGAAAAUAAAGAUUCUUCAAAUAAUGUGAAAUCUAGUGGCGAGGAGCAUCAGUCAGAAGAUGCAGACGCUAAAAAGCAGGAUCUGAAAAGCAAUUAUAAAAUGAUGUUUGUAAAGUCAUCUACAAAUUAACUCAAAUCCCUUAACACAAUCUCCUGUUUAUUGUUCUGGAUUGUACAAUUACAAUACAUUUUUACUGAACACCAGUCGCAUUGGCUUUAGUUUCCAAUUUAAGUGAUACAUGACUUGACUUCUGACGUACUAAAUAGUAUGUGUUGCCAUGUUCUAUUUCAUACAUUUUUAGUUUUUAAAUCUUUGUGAAAAUGCCCUCAUUUUUUCACUUUAUUUUUAGAGCUGCAUUUUCCAAAAUUUCCUGCUCAUAUUUUGAGUUCCAACUGUGUAACGUCUAAAUGCGGAUAAGAUUUCUGUAUGACUCUUUAUGUAAUUUAUAAAUGCAUAUCAUUUGUGCAAAUUUUUUUAAGUGAGUAAUGUCCAAGACCAGGAACUUAAUCCAAUUUAAAUGGUGAAGGCUAGUUGAAACUCAAAAGAAUUUUUAGCUGUUCAUAUACUGUAUAUAUAAAAUAAAACUUGGGGGAAAAAAAUCUGUUACAGGUUUUGCUAUUGUCUCACGUUUGCUCUAAAGAACGGAAUUUUUGGCAUGGAUGAAUAUUGGAUCAUUGUCAGGAGGUUGCAGUUAUGAGCGAGAAAUUCCAAUACAAAGCAGAAAGUUUUAAAGAAUCAAAUCCCACAAUAUGAAGCACAAGUCUUUAUCUCUCCUUGUAACUGUUCAAACUGUUUAAUCUUGACUGGAAAAAAACUUGUUUUCUAUGAUUCUGGAGUUGAAACAUUGCAACAGACUUCUAUUUGUGGCACCAUCUUUAAUCCUCUUAAGUGGCACAGUUUAGAGCCAGGAACUUGUGGUUUGGAAGCCAGUAUCAUGGUAGCAGUGUCAUUUAAUAGUGGGGAGCUUGCACAUUAGCAGGAUUGAUUUGACCUUCCACGUGAUCGGCUUGGUAAAUGAUCCACGUUUCAUUGCAGGAUUUCUGAUCAUUUGAUGAAGUACAGUAAUUUAAGUAUAGGGAAAUACGUUAUAACAUUUAAUAGCCCAUAUUUUACAGUAGUAAUGAGAGUGAAAUGCAGCAUUUACUGUCAAUACUUACAUUGACACCAACCUCUGGAGUCCUCACAUUCAAUUAAAUCUAGGAGUUGCUGUCAUGAUUCUACACUUCACUACCAAGUUUGCGCCCCCCAGACUGCAAUCGCUUGGAAGUCAAUGAACUGAUGAGAACUCCCAAUCUUACACUCUUAGUCUUGCUGUACAAUCCCUGAAAAGUUACACCUUGUUGAAUGAGGUGUAACUGGAGUUUUAGUAGGGCACUAAAUUCUUAAUUACUCCUGAAUGGCCUCUGGCCCUGAAAGAGUAAUUUUGAAUGUUAAAUUUCUCCCUUUGUGGUUAGAAAUUCCACAUUUUAAGUUUUUUGAAAAGUUUUAAUAUUUUAUCUUCUACCAUAAUUGCAUGUGCAUGUCCUGAUCAUGUACUUCACUGUCUUGUAUUAAAAAAUAAAAUUACAAAUGGAGGGA